CAAGUGUAUCAUUACAGCCCGGCUGCUCUGAGAGAGGCCACUUCAACCCAGCCCCAGGAACGCGCGCAGCGCCGCGGCCAGGCAUCUGGUCCCUGAGUCCUGCUCCACCUGCGGCAGCCCCUGCCCGUGGCUCCCACCUCCUGAUCGGCUUCAGCAGCGGGGCCAGACCCCGUCCCCACAGGAGGGCACAGAGGAGAGGAGGACGGCAGGUAAAUGGGGGCCAGGCAGUCUGGUGCCUGCUGCAAGGACAAGGACCUCCCGGGGCCGGGGCCCCUGCGGGGGAGGCAGAAGUUCUCCCCGUGGGACGAGGCCCUGCUCCUGGGGAGGGACCCGCGGUGCCUGCUGAAGCGGGGCCUGAGGCAUGUCAGUUUCAGCCUGGUCACCACGGGCAUGACCGACGCGCCCGACUUCCUGUGGGGCCUGUCGGAGGUGCAGAAGCUCAAUCUGUCCCACAACCAGCUCCGGGCCCUCCCGCCCGACGUGGGGAGGCUGACACGGCUGGUCGUCCUCAACUUGUGCGGCAACCGCCUGAAGAGCCUGCCCCGGGAGCUCAGCCUCCUCCGCAGCCUCAAGGUCCUGUUCCUGCACAUGAACUGCCUGACGGAGCUGCCGGCCGAGCUGAGCGCCUGCCAGAGCCUGGAGGUUCUGGGCCUGUCGCACAACUGCUUGUCCCAGCUCCCCGCCAGCUUCGCUGAUCUCGCCCGGCUGCGCAAGCUCAACCUCAGCCACAACCGCUUUGCCCACAUCCCCGUCUGCGUGUUCGCGCUCAAGGAGCUGGACUUCCUGCACGUGGGCUCCAACCGCCUGGAGAACAUUGCCGAGAGCAUCCAGUGCCUGGCCAGCCUGCAGAUCUUCAUCGCCGAGAGCAACAACAUCCACGCCUUCCCGCGCGCCCUCUGCCUGCUCACCAGCCUGGAGCUGCUCAACUUGAACAACAACAACAUCCAGACCCUCCCAGAGGAGCUCUACCUGCUGUGUAGACUGGCGAGGAUCGCUUGGAACCCCAUGGACAAAGGGCUCCAUAUCUCCCGCAACCCUUUAUCCAAACCCCUGCCGGAGCUGCUGGAGGGGGGUCUGGAGAUGCUUUUCAGUUACCUGAAGGACAAAAAACACACUUGAUGGGGGCACUGGAGGCUCGGACAGACAACCGGUACAUCCCUUGUCUACACCUCCUCCUCUUCCUGUUCCUGUGGGUCAACCCUGUGUUGCUAUUUGCUAAAUUGCACUGAGCACCCAUGCUAGGGGGUGUUUGCUUUUGGCUCUGUAGGUUCCUUAUAACCCGCCUUUAUUGUUCGUCUCAUUCUAAACAUAAAUGGAAAGAAGGCUUGGGUUUUCUCCAAAAAGAAAUGAUUCUGAUUCUUCUGGGGAGCAGUGGGAUUCAACCUUUGCAAGAGGGGACAGCAGGUCUGAUUCAGUGUUACUUCAAAGUGAAAUGUUUGCUAAGUCCAUGCUGAGGGCCAGGUAUGAUAGGAGGCAUUGACACCAUCUGGUUUCGGUGCCCGAGGUGGCAACCUGCCGCCAGGUAAGGAGAGCAAGACACGGCCCCACGUCAGCCUCCAUCCAGCAUCACUUGGGACCAAAGAACAAUCUGGGCCCUGCCCUCCUGGCUGUGACCAAAUCAGGCAGAGCUUCCCCCCACCCUGAAUCCUGGGGGGAAACCCACAGGAAUUUGUCUCUAACAUGACUGAAGGGUGAUGAUCCAGUCUCUCACAUGGCAUCUGGUGGUGAGUGAUGGGGAUGGAGCAUGAUGACUUUCAGAGAAUAAAUCCAA